ACCGGAGGCCUGGCCAGCAGAAACGGACGAUUAUCUCUCUCUCACCGUCAGUCUCUCUCGCCAGCAUCCCAGGGACAGCUGAGUGGCUGAGGCGUAAUUGCAGAGAAGUGAGGUCAGCAGGAGGCUUUUAUCAGAGAUCGCACAGCGUUCAGCAACACGAGAAGAUGCACAGCGCAGACGGGCUGCCCCAAAACUCCCUCUCUCAGAGUAUCACAGUGGAAUCGUCGGGACUGAAGCGCACAUCCUGGAAACAGAAAUAUCUGGAACUGUGUGGAACUGGCCUGUCUCCUGUAUCUUCAUCAGGAUUGGACAGCGUGUGAAGCAUCCAUUUGUUCAUUUGUGUCAUUAACAGCAGAAACUAACACACCGCUGCCUCCUCCAGCUCUGAGGAGAUUCUGCUGCAGGAGGUCAGAGGUCACGCCAGCAUCUGAGGAUUGUACUGGGAAAGGGUCCGAGCGGAUCUCCCACAGCUUGAAGAUCCAAUCUGAGUUUUGCCUUCAGUAUGUGGAUCAUGAACUCCUUGAGAAACGCAGUAUAAUGCGCAAAUGGACGCUGCGAUGGAAACUGCCUGAGUUUGCGUGUGGACUGUGGCUGGCGCUGCUGGCCAGCCGUGUUUGUGUGUGCGAUGGACAGGCGUCUGUGACCGACUGCUCCAAAUACGAGCACCACACCAGGAAUUACGACUACAUGGAAGGAGGGGACGUUCGGAUCCGACGCCUCUACAGUCGCACGCAGUGGUUUCUGAUGAUCGACGAGUUCGGGAACAUCAACGGGACGCAGGAUCCCAACAACUGCUACAGUGUUCUGGAGAUCAGGACGGUUUCGGAGGGCGGUGUGUUGGCCAUAAAAGGACUGAAGAGCCAGUAUUAUAUUUCCAUGAACCGCACCGGAAUGUUACAGGGCAAAAAAGACUACAACGACAGCUGCAACUUCAAAGAAGUGUUUUUAGAGAACUACUACACGGCGUACUCGUCCGUCAGAUGGACUAAAAACGGCAAAGAGAUGUUCAUCUCUCUGUCGCAGAAGGGCCGGCCGCUGAGAGGAAAGAAGACGAGGAAGGAGAGCAUCUCUUCUCACUUCAUCCCUCGAAAGUGCAGGGAAGACGAGAAGAAGCUGGCGUGAAGAAGAUCUGUUCUGACUCACUGCUACUCUGAUUCCUCAAGCUUCAGCCAUAAAUCAUUCAUGCUUUCACUCUCUGAGAAGCAGUGGGUAAAACUGCAUAUAUGCAAGUGUUUUGGACUCAUGUAAACAAACAGUUAUAAAUACUCAUCUAAGCUAUUUUUAUAUUUCAGAGAGAUGUUUAUGUUAGAGCCCAUGAGAACGAGAACACCAAAUAAACACUGCAAUGCAUUUAUACGGAUGAUCAUUCUCAUUAAACACAGCAGUGCUUUAGAUCACAGCGUUUAUAGCGCUCCAUUUAUACUGCAUAAACACAUUUACAUGCCUUCAACAUUCAUCCUGAGGAGUUUAGGUUUUCAUUUAGUUUGAGACAUUCCCUUCUCAUUUCCAGUCCAGUUCAGUGAGAAAAUAAUAGCAGUUCCCUUGUUUCAUUUCAUUUUGACUUUUUAAAAAAUCUUUGGGUUUGGCAUUUUUGCCAUGUGUUAUUUUCAUUCUAAAAAUCGCAUGCAUUUCACGUCAGUGAGUGAUUCAUCAGUUCUAAGGAAUACAAUGUUUGUCUUCAUAAUCUUCCAUCUAAAUAUCAUAACGAUUUUCCUUUUCACCAUCAAUCCACCUUCAUAUUGAGACCCUGCAGUCAGUUUCUCGGCGCUCGAAUGCGAUCGUGUCCAUGUGUUGUUGUGUGUUAUUUAUGAUAUUUAUGUGUCGCUGGCUCUGAGUUCAUGAACGCAGUGAAUCGUCUGUAUUCUGGAUCGCUGUGCUGCAAACACACACAGAGUUUGCACGAGUUUAUAAU